AGCUCAGACAAAAUAAAGUUGCCCGAUCAUGAGCGAUUUCUUUCCAGUCACUCCCCACCUUUCGGCGAGCCCACUCGAGUUAAAAAAGCCCCGCAGCUCCGGCUGGGAGCUCAGAGCGCUGAUCGAUCAGAGGACGAUGGUUACCGAGGGAGGUCGCGUGAUCCGACGGAGCAGCAGAGUGAGGAGGCUGGCGGUCGUGGUGGCCGUGCAGAACCUGCUGGUGGUCACCUGCCUGCUGGUCACCCUUUACCUUUACCUGAUGUCUCCGGCUUUGCAGCCAAAAGCCAUCCCGUACAUACAGUUUGAAGUGCACACAGAGUUCAGAGCAGACACACUUCUGGAGUUGAAUAAGUCUAGCGAAAGCAGCUUGCAGAACAACAAUGGCAACAUCACCAUCGGCUGCACGGGGCCCUACGUUUGGUACAUGCAGGGCUGCUACGACAACAUGGACGACAAGAAGAACACGACCGUCAGGGGGAAUCUGACGCUGCUGGCGAAACACAAUCUUCCAGUUGGCUCCAUCUCCAUGAACGCAACACAAGAUGUGGUCUGCAGGGGGCUCCACAGUAUCGUCUACCUGGUGGCAGAAGAUGUAGCCAGGUUCCGCUUUUCCUCACAAGAGGGAUUUCGGUUGUUGAACGCGAGUAUGGGCCUGAGCUACCUGCUUGGAAAUAGAUGUGAGUAUUGACUCAAUCCAAAGAAUAAAUAAAUACAUAAAAAU